GUGUUAAAAAGCAAACGACGCCGUAAAACAACCAGUUUACAAGUUUACAACAACUCCGAUUCGCCCAAUACGCUCUUUGCUCCUGACUGAGGAGAGAUACUGAACAACUAACUGGUGGAAAUUCAUUCACUUCUAGGGCGCUAGUACAUUUACUUGUACAUUAUGGAGCUGAAUAAAUUCAAAGGAUCUUUUGAGCACGUGGUAAAGAAGCGAAAAUUAUCAUCUUCCAAGUGUCAUGAUGUGGUUGAUACUAUCAACCAUGAGCUUGAGCAUGCUUUAUCAAGAGUGCAAUCAGAUCAAAACCUUACCGUUCCAGAGGAUCCUAAAUCCAUUUUGAGGGAUCUGAAGUCCAAGCUUUCUGAUUAUGGCUCAGAAAAGGAGCUGGAAAACUCACAGAAAGAGCUGAACUUACAUCUCAACAAGUCUCAAAAGCUCCUUGAGAAAGUACUGAAUCCUGAUAUAUCUAAGGCGAACGGAAAGAUUGACUUUGAUGUUCAGACAAUUAAUCUGAUUAUCAUAGAUCAUCUCUUUUUCAAAGGCCUGUUUGAUAUUGGAGACUGUUUAAGUAAAGAGGCAGUUGUCCCAGAAGUUAAUGUGCUACGAUCUCAGUUUUUUGAAAUGUCCCAGAUUCUGGAGGCUCUUCACAGUGAGAAUUUACAACCUGCCUUUAACUGGGUCUCUGCCAACCAUGAAAAGCUCAGAGAAAAUGGUUCAAGUCUUGAGCUGAAACUUCAUCAGGUGCGAUAUGUGGAGUUACUGAAGCAGGGAAGCCAAACUGAUGCCCUAGAGUAUGCCAAAAACAACCUUGCUCCUUUGGCUACUUUGCAUAUGGAUGAGGUUAAAAAGCUCAUGGCCUGUCUUUUAUGGAUAGGAAAGCUUGAUAAAUGUCCUUAUUGGGAAAAGUUGGCUAUGACUAAUUGGAAAGAGUUAGCUGAUGAACUAUCACAGCAGUUUUGUGUGCUGUUAGGCCGUUCUUGUCGUCCACCAUUGGCGGUGGCUGUAGAAGCAGGAUCUGAAGCGUUGCCUAUUCUCUUGAAGCUUGUGAAUCUGAAGGCUGUGAAACAGGAUUGGCAAGGGAUGGAGGAGCUUCCAUUUCCUGUGGAUCUUGGAAUGGGUUUUCAAUUCCAUUCGACAUUCAUAUGCCCAGUGACUAGGGAUCAAGGAACUCCAGAAAAUCCCCCCAUGUUGCUGCCUUGUGGACAUGUGCUGUGUCGGCAAUCAGUCAUGAGUAUCUCCAAGAAUAACAGCAGGACCUUUAAAUGCCCAUGUUGCCCCCGUGAUAAUAUAGCAGUUGCACAAUGCAGGCAACUGCAUCUACCAUGAUGAUUGUAUAGUCCUUUUAGUUACAGUUGUCUCAUGCGUAGAGAUUCAGAGAACAGAUAUCUCAGGAUUAGAGUAUUUGUAUUUAUCAAAUGGCAAUUCUCGUUAUAUAAAGCUAGUAACAGUUCACAGCCCAGUUGGUAUGUUUUGAAGUUACAUUUCUGAUGUACAGUAUAUUUUUGUCAAUGCUUAUAUUUUGUGUAAAUAGUGAAGUGAUAUCCCUAUGCUUUUUUU